AUGGCUAACAAUAUCUCCUCAUUUGUCCCCUUUCUUGCAAUCCUAGCAAUCCUACAAAUAGCCGCAGCCGUGGACUACACAGUUACCAACACGGCUGCAACCACCCCUGGCGGUGUCCGAUUCAACAAUGAAAUCGGGGUUGCAUACACAACCCAAACUCUAACUUCUGCCACAAGCUUUAUAUGGAGGACAUUCCAACAAAACACGGAUAGUGAUAGAAAGAGUGUGGCACGAGUAAGUGUGUUCAUUGAUGACAUGGAUGGCGUUGCUUAUACGUCCAAUGAUGAGAUCCAUGUUAGUGCAAGGUACAUUCAAGGGUACUCUGGUAAUCUCAGGGCUGAGAUAACUGGAGUACUUUAUCAUGAAAUGACACAUGUGUGGCAGUGGGAUGGUAAUCGUCAAGCUCCAGGUGGACUAAUUGAAGGGAUUGCGGAUUAUGUGAGGUUGAAGGCUGGCUAUGCACCUAGUCACUGGGUUCAGCCAGGGGCUGGUGAUAGAUGGGAUCAAGGAUACGAUGUGACAGCUCGGUUCUUAGACUACUGUAAUGGUCUCAGAAAUGGGUUUGUGGCCGAACUCAAUAAUAAGAUGAGGAAUGGUUAUAACAAUAGCUAUUUUGUGGACUUGCUAGGAAAAACUGUUGAUCAACUAUGGGCCGAAUACAAAACUAAAUACUCCACUGUUUAGCUACGGGAAAUGUCAUAUAUUUUCUUGUAUUCGGUUCCUACAGAAUAUGAAUAGCUCUAAGUAUUGUAUUUCACCAAUAAAUAUUGUAUGACAAAUAUUCAAUGAAAAAUAAAUUUGAACUAGAAUAAAAUAAGUUAUAGUGUA